UGCUAUUUUUGGAAGUCAUGUAAAAAGUUUUUGGCGAAAAUAAAUUUAAUUAUUUACUUGUUGAUCUAUAAACGGUAACAAAAUGCUAAUACCCACCUGCGUUAUCAAACUGUUGGAACUGAUGCUAGCAAUAACCUGCCUCACUCUGCACCAAUACAGCUACGACUUGACAGAUAUCCCCACAUUGAUGCUAUGUUCCGGAACGUACGUCGGUUAUGUCGUUGUGCUCUCUGGAGAAAUAGUUGGAGAGAUGAUUUUUGCGCCUCUGGAUCUCGUCCAAGAUAUGUACUUCGGAAUACUGGGAGUAGUUCUGUUCUCCGUUAGCGGUGGACUAAUCCUUAGUGCGAGAACUAAGACCAGCAUAUAUCCAAGGACAGGAGACAAUACCAUUGCUCUUAUUACCGGAUCUCUGACUGUCCUCAACGCUUUGGUGAUGCUGUUUGAUCUGACCUUGGCGUAUUUGGACAGCGAACAGUUUGACGAUGAAGCUAGCGUGUGAGGUGAAGCGGUAUCGGCGGCAGCGGACGCUUACGUCGAUGCAUGGUGGUCAGCUGCUGG